GAAAACGCCCCAUUUGUGAUCAUCCCUGCCAGGUAGAUAUCCAAUGAUCCACAUAUGGACUCUGACUUGGAGCAAAGAAAUGGAUCGUGUUUCCCUCCGCUUCCUUCUCUCCAUCACCAAUGCCAGUGGCUUUCCAUUUAUGUUAGAUGAAUCCCUCUACUGCAAAUUUGUAGGAUUUGCUCCCUUUCAUAUCAAAAUUGUGAUCGAUCAUUGGAGGUCUCUCCUUUUAAGAGCCGAGCAGAUCGAUGGAUGCGUUCUUCCAUGGCCUCGACUGCCGGCUGCGAGUGUCGGGCAUGGUGGCCGACUCCAUCAUGAUGGGGAUCGUCAACUCCGCAAUGGAGGACGCCUACAAGAAGAGCUGCACCGAGGACGGCGACCUCGACAGGUUGAUCGAGAAGUCGAGGUUCUGCGAGCUGGCCAUCAUGCAACUGGAAUGGUGCUUGAAGUACCUGCAGGAGGAGAUGGACAACGCGACCGUGGACAACGCCUGCGACCGCGAGAAGCUGUUCUGCGAUCUGUUGGAGACGAGAGACCGCAUCGACAACAGGCUCGACGAGACCAAGCUCGCCAUUGCAGAGAAGGACGUGGAGCUGGCCAGGAGAAAGGGGAGCGAGAUAAAGCUGAGGCUGGCCUUGGAACUCAAAGGGGAAGAAGUGAGAUCGUUGCAUCAUACGCUCGGGGCUGACAGAAGAGUGAAGAAUGAUGCAUGCGAUGGGUUUGCUUGCCGUGACGACGUGAACGAGGAUGAGAGCGACGGCCAUGUGUUUGAUGAAUUGGAGUGCUCCAUGGGCAAACAGCUGCGGAAAAUAAGAGGCAAAUUGGAGCACGGGAGGCAGGCUUUGUCCAACGUGAUGCUCAACAUGAGGAGUAGUCCUCGUGUUGGCGCUGCGAACCCCAACGCUGGGUUUGAUACGGACAGCGGCGGGUUGAAGGCGUUGCAUGAGCUGCACGACAUGGCGCAGUUAACGCUGGACUUCAACGACAUGGUCAUCGACCUCGACAUGCUCAAGGAAGAGGUUCGUUCUUCUUUCGAGAUGAUCGUGAGUUCGAUUUCUGUGUUCAAAGCAACGACAGAAGAGCAGCGGUGGGCUUGGAAUAUGGAGAGGGAGAUCGCUACCGUCAUCAUCAGAAGCUUUGUAAGGGAUGUUCGACGUGAAUGGGCUGCAAACCCUGAUACGAAUUUGUUAUCGUUUAUCGAUGAGCUCGAGGCAUUAGCCUCUCAGAUCACCGUGCCAUCAACGUCGUCAAAUGAUGUCAUGGAUCCGAAAGCUCAAUGCAAUCCUCUCUCAAUAGUACCGGACAUGGACGAGGUGGAAAAGGAUGCAUCUGUAGCAGGUAACAGUAGCCCUCCAAAGGGAGAUAAUCUCUAUGGAGUUUCGCAAGGAGGAGCAGAAGAUCAUGUUGGUGGAAUAGAAAGAAACGAUGAGCUGAUUGAUUCUGCUUUUCGAGCUGGGGAAUUACACAAUAUGAAUGAUCUUUCCGAAAAAAGUCGACCAGGAAAUUUUGUUGCUGACUUGACAAACUACCAUGAUUCCAUUAGAACACAAAAAAUUGAUUCAGAUAGGGAGAUGAUCACUAAAGUCAUUUCAAGAUUGGAAGGCAUCAUCAAAAGAGCAAAAUCAGAGUCUUUUGCAGACAUCCAUAUUCCAAGGCAUACUCCACCAGAUUCUGAAACAAAGCAUGAAGCAACGAAGAUAAUUCAGAAGCCAAUCGAUAGUCAUCUGAAAGAUCUCGAGCUCCAUGAAGAAAUUAGAAGAUUAAAGGAAGAGAAGGAUGAAAUGGAAACUAAAGCUGUGAUAAUGGAGGAUGUUUACAGAAUAAAUUACAAAGGAUUGAUGGGAAGGCUACUCACUGAUUUCUUCGAUGUCGAAUUAGAAGUUCUUACAAAGGAGGAUACAUUCAGAAUUGUCUUCGGUGAGCUGAUCAAAGAAUUGAUGAGCAUGAGAGAAGCUCACACUAGCGAGCAGCUCCUCAGGGAAGAGAUUCGUUAUAUCAUUCUUAGUGAAGUAAUUAAAGGUAUUCUGUGUGCAAAUAAUGCUACAAAAGACACAGAAUUCAGUGGAAAGCCAGAACAAGGAAAGGACUCCCUACUAACUAAUCCCACGGCAGAGAUGGGAUCAGAUUAUGUUCUCGACUCAGGAAUUAGAAAGAACAGUGUUGAUGACUCGAAUGGGCUUGACGUUGAAGAAAGUGAUGCUUUUAGAUCUGCUAGCAAUCUUGAGACCUCUCCACAAGGAGCAAUUACUGGAACAAUGCAACAAGGAGAACCAACAUUGAGCUAUGCCUCAAUCACUGAUGAGAAUAACAUUGUGCAUGGUUCUGGAGCUUCAACCAGGAUCCAAAAACAAAAUAAAAGUGAAUUCUCAUGUAUGUCUGCAGGAAUUGUUGAAAAACAUUGGGAUGAUUUCCAUUUCAUGAUGAUGCCUGUUGAGCAGAUCAUACAGAUGGUUGAUGAUUUUGGGCUGCUGACAUGUGAGAAGAUUAGCAUAAACAUAUCGAGGUUGGAUAAUCUAAUUCAUCAGUUAAAUCCCAUCUCAGAGCAAGUCAACGUAAUCAAGAGAAACGAAUUACUCUAUCGUAAGGCUUUCGCAAAUAGAUGUUACAAUCUUCAAACUGCAGAAGCAGAGGUGGAUUUGCUAGGAGAUGAACUGGAUCUACUUUUUGGGUUGCUUGAGAAGAUCUAUAUCGCACUGGAUCACUAUUCACCAGUUUUGCAGCAUUAUUCUGGGAUAACUGAGGUCUUAAGAAUGAUUAGGAGAGAAAUAUACGGUGAAGUGGCUAAUACAUCCAGGCAGUAACAACAGUGCUUUCUUCUUCUGCAAUUAUUUGCACAUAUCAUGAGCAAACAUAUGCUCAGGUA